ACAUCACUAAUUGAUCACUGUGUUUGGAUGUAGUUGUGCACACAUUACUAAUGUAGCUCUUUUCCACCCCCCUAGCUGUUACAAUGAGCCUUACUAAUGACUUUAAAAGCUUGAUUCCAGCAUGCGUUUCUUGCAACUUUUGUUUGCACCAAUCGAAUGUUGUAACGUUGGAGCACGAUGUCCUUAUUGUAGAACUAGAAACUAGUUUGGUUAGUCUGCGUGUCUUUCUGAGUGGUAUGUAUUUUCCUUUGAACAUGCAUGCAUUUUGUAGUAUCACUAAACCCAACUUCCUGAUUCAUCAGUCUACUGUAGCUAUGCUUCCGUCUGAAUCGUUAGAAAACUCUGUGCUAGUUAACGUUUUCUCUUGCAGCUUCCAGAAGCCUCCAGUCAGGCUCUGUUUGCAGACAGCCAGGCUCACAUCUGGGCUUUAGAAGGGCUGACGUACCUUGUUCAAGCCUCCUUCUCAGAAGACCAGUUUGGGGUCGUACAGACUGCAUUACCCAGCAUUCUCGGGUGUAUGCUCGUCUUACAAGAGGCAGUAGAUCGGCACUUCAAGCUGCCUCACGCCUCCAGUAAGCCCGUCCGGUCGGCCAGCAGCCUGGGAGACUCCACUCACAAAACACUGCGCUUUGCCCUCAGAGCCACUCUCAAGACUGCCAUCUACAGGAUAACUACUACUUUUGGAAGUCACUUAAGUGCUAUUCAGAUGUCUGCAGAGCACCGGAAAAGAUUGCAGCAGUUCCUGGAAAACAAGGAGUAGAACACCCGACACUCGGCUCGUGUGCCUGCAGAUUCUUAUCAGCUUGUGUGUGCACUAGCAUGAGUGAGGCCAAUACUGAAAGCCCAUGAUAGUGCCUCCUUUUUUUAUAUUUAUGUGUGCAAGAUGUCAUGGUGGAAUGAAUUUGAUAGUUAUAUCACAUCCUCCAUGUGUGAGGCUUCCUGCUACACUGACAGACUGAAACAGGAUAGAAGCCCAGCUGUUCUUCCUCUUUAGGAGAUUUAAACUAGCUCACAAAAACAACUUACUCCAAAAAUAUUUGUUUCAUUUGUAUUACGAGAUAAUGAUAUUUGACUUGACUCAUUCAUUUGGAAAAGUUGUGAAGGGCUUUGUUUCACAUGAUGUGCUUUUUGGUACCGCACUUCAUAAGCUGUCUUAUGGAAUUAUGAUAUCCUUCUGGUUUCAAAACAUUAUCAUUUGGUGUGAGUGAGAGAGUAGUUGGCGUGUCAGUGAUGAGAAAGAAGCUGUGUUGCUCUCUCGAUCUGAAAUGUGUUCUGGAAAUAUAUAUUUUUUUAAAGAUCUGGUUUUGUUCUAAACUCCAGCCUGGAGAACUCGUUUGCUGUCCACCUCAGUUCAGGUUCUCUAACUAGAAAAUACACCAUCAGAUGUACAGAUCAGACACCCGUUUGUCUGUUAACUAUUUAGUUUGUCAGCUUUUGCUCAUGAGAAAUGCGGCUGUCUGUCAUGUCAGAUAAAGGAUGGAGAUUUGGUGUGACUGGUAAAAGUGUGGGCAAAAUGAUUUGAUUGUAAAUGCGUAUUGAGUUUGAUAUCCGCUCAGAGACCUUUUGAAUAAAAACAUUAUGUAAAUAUCCAUUUCCAUGUUGUCAUUUCU